AUGUACAUUCUUGAUUCCCUGCAAGGAAACGAGGAGGACGGGCCUGAUUACUGGGAACCACUCUACAAAAAGACUGGUACAGCUGAUAUAAAUAAUCAUAGACAACUAUCAAUACUGAAAGGUUUCACAAAAGUAAUUGAAAGAAUAAUGUAUCAAAGACUAGCUGGCUAUCUAAAUAAAAGUGAAAUACUGACUAAUGCUCAAAAUGGGUUUAGGAAGAAAAGAUCAACACAAGCCUUGGAUAGGACUGAACUAAACUGUGGAAUAAUCUUAGGUUUAUCCAAAGCAUUUGAUCUAAUCAGCUAUGAUUUACUAUUUAUGAAAGCAGAUUUUUAUGGGAUCUACAGACAGGCCUUUAAAUGGUUCAAAUCUUACAUCUCUGGUAGACAAUAG